CUCGGUGCAUGCUGGGGGAAAGAAGGAAGUCCACAGGCUUCUCUCCGUUAUGGAAGAGAGGGCAGUCUGACGUCACUUCCGCUGCGAGACUGUGUUAUUGUUGUGUUAUAGGGAGCACGGAGCCGAUCCCGGUGGUGACCAGUUUCUCUCAAGACUCUACUAAGAAUAAUCCAGAAGAAGAACCAAAACCUCGGCCGCCAUGUUUCGCUUCAUGAGAGACACCGACCCACAAGAUCCCGCCAUGUUCCUGAUGGAUCCCUUUGCGUUGCACCGUCAGCACAUGAGGCGCAUGUUUUCUGGUAAUUUUGGGAUGUCACCCUUCCUGAGUCUAACGGACGGGAGUGUGCCGGCGCUUCCACGAACUGCGGCCCCUCGUGACAUGCAGGCCGGAGCACUGAGUCCAUUUGGCAUGAUGGGAAUGGGCGGUGGAUUUAUGGACAUGUUUUCUAUGAUGAACGACCUCAUGGGAGGGAUGGAGCAGAUGACAAACUCCUCGAACUGCCAGACCUUCUCUUCUUCCACAGUCAUCUCCUACUCUAAUAUGGGGGGAAGCGGGGCCCCCAAAGUCUAUCAGGAGACAUCCCACAUGCGCACCGCACCGGGAGGGAUCCGUGAAACGCGGCACGCAGUGCGGGACUCAGACAGCGGAAUGGAACAGAUGAGCAUCGGACAUCACAUCAGAGAGCGAUCGCACAUCAUGCAGCGUUCACACAACCGCCGCACCGGGGACCGGGAGGAAAGACAAGAGUUCAUCAACAUGGAUGAGAACGAUGCUGCAGAGUUUGACGAGGAAUGGCAGAGAGGGACCUCCCGCUUCAGAAACCAGAGAGCGGUGGGGUACAGAAGGAGAGCGGGCCCAGAGGAGCAGCUCGCCAUCCAGGGACCUGAAGACAGCACAAUAAGGCCGUCUCGCAGAUACGACUGGUGAUAGGAUACCUCUGCACGGAUGAGACAAGAUUCCGAAUAUUCCCAAAGGGACCACUCCCUCCGCUCACCGCUACAUCAUCUCCUGAUACCUCUGUCCUCUCCCCCCCUCGCUCCCUAAUUAUUAUUUUUUUUUAUCCACACAUCUGCACUUUUUUUGUUAUUUUUUAAUCUCCCCUCUCUCUAAAAAAUUCCAUAAUAUGUUCCGUACAAACAGGAGCUUACAUUUAGGGAGAGGGUGAAAAAAAAAAAACUUUUUAGGGUCAUAAGGAGGGGUAGAUGGAGUCUUGUUACAAUGGGGUUGAGUAGAGGGAGGCGGGGCCUGUGAAUUGCGUGGGAGGGGGAUCGGGAGGGGGCGGCGGGGAGGGAGUUAAUAUUUAAGUUCUUUAGAUGUAGUUUUUUUUUGAUCUGCUGGCUAUGGGCUCUCAAGUGGACGGUGAAACUGUCACUCCCAGUUGUGGGUAUGCUGGGUGUUGUAGUUUCACGGGUGCCAGAGAGUUGCGGCAUGCACGUCACUGGGGGGGGUAGAUACGGUGAGAGUUCCGAGAUGGUGAUGGAAGAGAAGAGGGAAAGCAAGUACAGACAGGAAAAUACAGGUGCUCUGCAGGUGCAAUGAAGGCCAAUUCGCUCUACCUGAUAGGGGUUGUAGUCUAACAUUAAUUUUUUUAUUUUUUUUGUUUGUUUCACAAUGUUUAAUAAUAAGUGUACAUCUGUAUUAAUAAAAGGAGAACGUGUUCUGUU